GGGACUAACAAAAAUAAAAAAUCAUAUUUGACAUGGACAUGGUUGAAGGGGUAUGCUGGUAUCGCACAUUGGGGAGCUUUGUUGCAAAUUCAAGCUGUUUCUCACUAGCAUCCGUGGCUAUGACAUUCUGCUUAUUUUUGCUGUGAAGUUUUCUGUUGGUGUGGCUGAAUCCCGCUGCUAGUGUGUGCCAUUAACAUGAGUACUUCUAAAAUACCAAAAGCUUCUUGGGACGUUCAAGUGACUGGAUAUUUCGUACAAGCAUGCUUGGUUCAAGUUGCUAAUGGAGAACGCCAAGGUACCAGCUUUACUAAGAAGGGGUGGAUAGGAAUUGAAAAGCAAUUUAAUGAGUUAAGUGGAAGGAAAUAUAACAAGGAUAAGUAGAAAAAUAAGUAUGAUAAUUUGAGAAGGGAAUGGCGAACAUGGUAUAAAGUAUGUGGCAAAGAAAUUGGCGUAGGAUGGGAUCAUGUGAAACACAACUUUGAUGCACCAGAUGAGUGGUGGGAGAAGAAGAUCAUGGAAAACCCCAAUUAUGAAAAACUUAGGGAGAAGGGACUUCCAUUUGCUCAUGACUUGACUAUACUUUACAAAGAUGUUGUGGCAACUGGCGAGCAUGCAUGGGCACCCUCAUCAGGGGUAAUGCCUAAUGGGGUUCAAGAUGCUAGUGAUGGAUACCGCCCAUCCUUAGAAAAUCUUUGCCCUAGUAGAGAGGAAGGCUCAGCUGAUAGUGAAGAUGAUAGUGUUGGAGCAACAGAUGGUUUAGCUGGUAUUAAUUUAAAUAGUUCACAAGGAAAUGUGAGUCAAGGAGUUGAGAGUCAAAGGACUGGAGAGAAGAGAAAGAGAAUUACUCAAUCUGAACAGAUAAAGAACAAAAAAAACUCAACUGCCUCCUCAAGGAUAGCAGAUGCUGUUAGUGUGAUUGCGGAAACAUGCAAGUCACGCAAUGAUGCAGUGGACAAUUCAUCCAUUGGUGAAGUGAUGGCUGAGCUUCAGACCAUUGAAGAAGUUUCAAAUGAUAUUGAGUUGCAUACCAAAUGUUGCCUACUAAUGAUGCACAAGCCAGCUAGGGAUAUGUUUGUUGCAAUGCGAGGUUUAGAAGAGAAAAGGUUGCAUUGGCUUAAGGUUGCGGCAAAUAAGCCCUAGCCAUUAUGACUAUGUAGGACUAGUUAUAAACUAUCUUAAUUGUGUACUCUCUUUAUUGUGAACUAGCUAGUUGUGUCUUUCUUGUGUACUCCAUUUACCUUGAACUAGUUAUGACUUUGUUGUGUACUCUCAUU